AUGAAUGUCCUACUCAAAGGUAUGAAAUAAUUAUGUCACCGCCCUACAUUCAAUUAUUGGCUUUCGGCUCAUCCAACUACCAAAAGCAUAUCCUAAUUAAGUCCUAGAUAAUUAUUAGACACAGCCUUAAUUAAAAGAAUCUGCCAAAAGCAAAUCCCAAAACAUACUAUUAUGAGUCAAUUUUGUCUUUGGCAUGGCAAAUAACCAAAAUCAGGAAAUCAAACUUGUUUUUCAGAAAAAAAAACUCGACGAUCUUGGAUGCCUAAUGUUCAAAAAUAAACAUAUGAAUCUCUAAUAUUAGGCAGAAGAAUUCAUGUGAAAGUAACAGCUAAGACAAUGAAAUGCAUUCGAAAAGCUGGUAGUUUCGAUAAUUAUAUUUUAUUGACUAAACCUUAAGAUUUAGAUUCUAUUUAUGGUGAAUAUUUAAGAUAAUUGAUGCUCACUAAAAUUAAUGAUCCAUCUUAUGAAAUUCCUCACGUUUUAAAGGCUAGGCCUCACAAAUACUCAAGGAGAGCCCAAAGGUUUAGCAGAAGACCUGCUAUCGUAUGGCAUCCACCUGAAAUUAGACAUAAAGAUUUGACAUUUUUGAAUACAAGAACAUCUUAUGAAAUGAAUCCUGAAUAAUUAAGAAAAUUAAGGGAAUAUGACAAUUUAAAAGAUAACUUUGAAGAUACUAAUGAUCUUAUGCAUCCUAUUCUAAAUGAAAAAUUCUUUUAGGAUGAAAAAGAAUGGCCUGAAUUUGAAAAAGUUGAAGGAGAAAAAGCUUUGGCAGAGUUUUUAAAGAAGAAAGAUAAAGAAAAAAUUAGACUUACAUUAAAAUCGAUUGAAGAAAUAGAAAGAGAAUCCAAUAAGGCCAUAGGGAAUAUUUGAUUUAGCAAUUAUAAAAGAGAUAUUAAAACCAAUUUAUUGGUAGAAAUAAUUACUGUUA